AUGCUUCGUCUCCCAGUUGAGUUGGUUCAACUCAUACUCCGCCAUUGCGAAACUCCUGCCUAUUUCCAAGCUGCGUUUACGAGUCGCAAGCUUUUCAGAAUUGCAACGGGUAGCAGAGAUGUUAUCCUGCACCAUCUGCACGAGACCCCGGGGCAUGACUUCGAGCAUCUGCAACUCCGGACAAUAGAGCUAUUUUGCAUCUUGAUGAAGCGAUCUGUGGCGCAACUAUAUGGCGCUGAAUUCCAUGCAGAUUGCACACUCUAUAAAUUCCAGCAUGUGCUUGAUACGCGAGCAUCAACAUUGGACGGUCCUGUCUUCGGAGAGGCGUUGCUUGUCUUCAAAGGCAGCAGUACCGUUCAUCUGGUUCAUACCUUCGAUGAGUUUCUAAUUCAUGAGCUGGAACUGAAAUAUCCGGGAAAAUACAUUGGAAAUAUCGAAGUUCUUCGCACCGCGGUCGAUCACGAUAAUGGACUCUAUGUGCUGCAUCGAUUCAAGCCAUUUCUGGACCAAGAACUCGAGCCCAACCAUCCCUUUGUCAAGCAUGCUCUGCAGUCUCAUCCUGACGGAAACAUCUUCAUGGCCCACUAUGAAUUGGAUUCCCCGCUUGUUCGCAUGUGUGCCUUCCCCCACCGUCAUGACUACAGGCCUCUUGCUCUAUCUGCUACCCCUGAUAGAUUCGCAAUCUCCUGGCAGCAGAUCGCAAAUCCCCAUGACCACGAGGUUGAACUUUACACCUGGCUUGACGAUGGAAAUGAGGAGGAUGAAAGUGACGAAGAAGCCAUCAAGGAACGUCUGGAAGCAGUGGAUGUCAAUCAAAACGCCAAACCAAAGCCAAGCAAAAUUCGAUAUGCCUCUUAUGCAUGCAACACUCUUGCGAGCUCAUAUGGACAUGACUCGAAUUGUGAUUCAUUUAAGGGCAGAGGGCCCGCGGUGAGGUUGGCUUUUAACGAUCGAGAGCGCCAGUUACUCUACCACUACAGGGCUCAAACUCUUUACGGAUCCUUCCAACAACUUUCUCCUCAACAUCUGAGACCGACAAAACCGCCAAAUGAGAAUGAAUGUCUCGUGCCAUAUUCAGAUUUGCUUUCACUGCAAUUCUCUAUUGACAUUCCGUUCUUUGCUACCCACCAAUUUGAUGACCGUUUGCCGGGAGCAAGCUGUCAUUGGCAAUAUCUUGCCUUCGGGAUUGCUACUCAUCGGGUCGAACAAUGGACAGUGGCCUGUCUUUUGAAAUCUGAAGCUUACCCUCGAGCCCAGCGUUGCGACCAUGUCUUCAACCUUGCCCGCGGAAGGCGUUUUGAUCAGUGGGAGAUCAUGGCGCAGCUUGAGGAAUUUGAAGAGUUGACUACCUCGCAAGGCUCUUGCGUGGCUGCUUCACCCCUCGGAACUCGAAUUGCCGUUGCCAAUUGGAAAACACUCCGUAUCUGGGCAUUGGAGCCAAAGGAAGUGAUUGAAGGAAACACCACCGGCUAUUAUGCACCAUCCUGGGUGUCUGACUCAGGUGCUAUUAAGCUACGGCCUGUUGUUAUCCAAUUAGACGCCGUCUGCUCCGACUUGAAAUUCGCCGAAAAAGAAGACGAGCUGGUUGCGAUUACUGACCGUGGGCUGAUGUAUUUGAAUGUUAGCCCCAGUGGUCAAGGUCUGCGACGUGUCGACACACAGGGACUUGGACCAGUCUCUGAGAGCUUCUGA